AUGGGUUUCUUAAAGAAUAAGGGACUGGAACUUGCAUAUUCCAGCAAAUGGAUUCAUGUUUCAGACUGUUAUAUUGAUCCUCUUGGUUGGAAAGAUAAGACUAGGAAAUAUGGAAAUGUUAAUGUUGCUUCCAAACGAAUUGCACUUGAUUCUACUUCUUAUAAAUCAGUCAAGGAUAUGGAUAAGUUUUUUUUGGCGAUUAUCGAUCUCGGCCGAGUCAGUUGCAGGCCUUCUAAGCAAUUGUGCAAUCAUGAUCAAAUUUUAAGUAUAUUUGGAUUUGUGCAUUCUAACCUUCAUGAGGAGAAGACUGAAGUUACUCUUGAGUACAUGUCCUUCAUGGUUGCGAGUGUAGAACCAAAUCAUCAUUCUUUAGAGACCUCCUUAUUAGAGAAAAACUUUACCCAAAGGAAAUUUAAUGUCGGACUUAAUGCAGAAGAUGGAAUAACUGUUGGAGGCUUACUGCCAAUGGUACAAUUUAAUCUCCAACUAUCAGAGAAGCAGAAAAUUGACAAGGCAAGAGAAAGUGGCCGCCAUACAUCAAAAGUGAUUGAGGAAGAGAAGAAAGGUACAAAGAGGAUAAGACCACUGAUCGCAUUCCACCUUCUGUCACCUACCAUAUCUCUCCCUAUAACUCCUUCGUAUGCGAGCAUCAUCAACCUCCCUCUGUCGUUAUCACAGCUGCUCAACAAUGACAACACCACAACUCUCUCACCGUUUCUGCCAUCACCAUAA